UCUCCCCUUUUUUGUUUAAUCAUCCAUCGCCUUCUCUCUCUCCAAUUUUGCCGUCCAAUUCCUUAUCGGUUAAGCAUCUCCGUCAAUCGGUGAUGAAUCACUGACCACUCGCUUCGCUAUUGAAUUCGCCUCUCCGAUCCAGCUCCAAUUGGCCGCGCCUCGAUCUCCGAUUUUGGGCGUUUUGAGGAAUUAGGGUUUUGAUUUGUGACAUGGUAGGGAUUUGCGGAUCGGAGGAGAGCCUCGUCGCCGAUUAAUCGGCGAGCUGUUCAGUCGGUUUUGUAGGGUUAUUGUAUGGAAACUCGGAGCCGGAAGCGGGCGGAGGCAUCCACCUCAGCAGCGUUAUCGGGCCCCACUACACGCGCCACCAAACGCUCUCGCCUCUCCGCCACCUCCGCCGCGAACGCCGCCGCUGCCACGCCUCCGAUCUCGACGCGCUCUCGCACCGCCACUCGAUCGACUGCCAUGGACCCGAAUCAGGAGCCUUCGACUGCCUCCGCGUCCACCACCCGCAGCCGCCGCGGGAAGAACCCUAGCACUAAUCAGAAUUGGGAAAACAGUAAUACUAACAAAGACAAUACUAAUUCGGAUAAGGGUAAAGAGAAGGAGCCAGAACACAGGCAUAGGGAAGCAGAGAGGAGCUUAGGGCUGAACAUUGAUUCCCACGAUGGGGAUGAUGAUGAUAAUGACAGUGAGGGAGGAGUUGGAAUUCUGCACCAGAAUUUGACUACUGCUAGUAGUGCUCUCCAGGGUUUGUUGAGGAAAUUGGGGGCUGGAUUAGACGACUUGCUUCCGAGCUCUGCGAUGGGUUCAGCUUCGUCUUCGCAUCAGAGUGGUAGGCUGAAGAAGAUUCUGUCGGGGUUGAGGGCUGAUGGCGAGGAAGGUAAGCAAGUCGAGGCGUUGACACAGCUCUGCGAUAUGCUUUCGAUAGGGACGGAGGAGUCUUUGAGCACUUUCUCGGUGGAUUCAUUUGUUCCGGUGCUGGUGGGAUUGCUUAAUCAUGAAAGUAAUCCUGAUAUCAUGCUUUUUGCUGCGAGGGCGCUGACUCACUUGGUGGAUGUGUUGCCCUCUUCUUGUGCUGCUGUGGUGCAUUAUGGCGCCGUCUCUUGCUUUGUUGCGAGGCUUCUGACUAUUGAGUAUAUGGACUUGGCUGAACAGUCUCUGCAAGCUUUGAAAAAAAUAUCUCAAGAGCACCCAACUGCUUGCUUGCGGGCUGGUGCACUCAUGGCUGUGCUUUCGUAUCUCGACUUCUUCUCCACAGGGGUUCAGAGAGUUGCCUUGGCGACUGCUGCAAACAUGUGCAAGAAGUUACCUUCUGAUGCAGCUGACUUUGUAAUGGAAGCUGUGCCUUUGUUGACAAAUCUCCUGCAGUAUCACGAUGCCAAGGUUCUAGAAUCUGCAUCAAUUUGCCUGACUCGGAUUGCUGAGGCAUUUGCUUCAUCACCAGAAAAGCUUGAUGAACUCUGCAACCAUGGUCUUGUUACACAAGCUGCUACACUUAUUUCAUCCAGCAUUGCUGGAGGCGGUCAGGCUUCACUUAGCACUUCUACAUACACGGGACUAAUUCGGCUUCUUUCAACAUGCGCAAGCGGUUCUCCUUUAGGAUCCAAGUCACUGCUCCUCCUUGGUAUCAGUGGCAUUCUGAAGGACAUCUUAUCUGGGUCUGGCUUUGCGUCAAGCAUGUCUGUUUCACCUGCUUUAAGCAGGCCGCCUGAGCAGAUAUUUGAAAUUGUGAACCUGGCAAAUGAGCUUCUCCCGCCACUUCCUCAAGGAACAAUAUCUCUCCCUGUCAGUAGUAGUUUCUUUAUGAAAGGGUCCCUUCCUAAGAAGGGUCAUGCAGGAAGCUCUAACAAGCCAGAAGAUACGAAUGGGAAGAUACAAGAGGUGUCAAAUCGUGAGAAACUGUUAAAUGAUCAGCCUGAACUUCUGCAGCAUUUUGGAAUGGAUCUCCUGCCUGUUCUGGUCCAGGUCUAUGGUUCCAGUGUCAAUGGUCCUGUUCGCCACAAGUGCCUAUCAGUUAUAGGAAAACUCAUGUAUUUCAGCUCAGUAGAAUUUAUCCAGUCAUUGAAUAAUGACACAAACAUCUCAAGUUUUUUAGCUGGGGUUUUGGCUUGGAAAGAUCCACAAGUUCUGGUACCCGCCCUUCAAAUAGCAGAAAUAUUGAUGGAAAAACUGCCUGGUACAUUCUCUAAGAUGUUUGUAAGGGAGGGUGUUGUGCAUGCCGUCGACACAUUGAUACUAACAGGAUCUAGUAGCAGUUCACAGCCAUCUUCUAAUGACAAAGAUAAUGAUUCUAUUUCUGGAUCAUCACGAUCUAGACGGAAUAGACGACGUGGUGGUAAUUCUGCUUCUGAUGCAAAUCCUACUGAUGAUUCUAAAAAUUCUAUACCAAAUUCGUUUGAAAUUCCAACCGCUAAUUCAAGCCUGCGGGCAGCAGUUAGUGCAUGUGCAAAAACUUUUAAAGAGAAAUAUUUCCCUUCAGACCCAGAGGGUAGUGAAACUGCUGCAACAGAAGAUCUACUCCGAUUAAAGAAUCUUUGCACGAAACUGAACUUGGCAAAUGAUGAUCACAAAACUAAAUCGAAGGGAAAAUCUAAAGCAUCUGCUGCCCGAUCUUCUGAUUUAUCUGCUAGUAAAGAGGAACACCUGGGUGAGAGCAUAACUGAGAUGCUUCGAGAACUUAACAGAGAUGACGGUGUGUCUACUUUUGAGUUUAUUGGCAGUGGAGUUGUUGCCUCUUUGCUUAACUACUUCACAUGUGGUUAUUUCUCUAAGGAGAGGGUUUCUGAGGCAAAUCUACCGAGGCUUAGAGAACAAGCAAUCAAAAGGUAUAUAUCUUUUGUUUCUGUUUCUCUUCCUCCAACUUCAGAUGGAGGAAAUGUAGUUCCCAUGGGCAUUUUAGUUCAGAAACUUCAAAAUGCUCUGUCUUCGUUGGAACGUUUUCCCGUUGUACUAAGCCAUGCUUCACGAUCGUCUGGCGGAAAUGGCCGUCUUUCUUCUGGUCUUAGUGCUUUGUCUCAACCAUUCAAGCUCCGCCUUUGCCGAGCACACGGAGAAAAAUCUCUUCGUGACUACUCAUCAAAUGUAGUCCUGAUUGAUCCGCUAGCGAGUUUGGCUGGUGUCGAAGAUUUCUUGUGGCCCAGGGUCCAACGAAGUGAGUCUGGUCAGAUGCCUUCAGUAUCUGCUGUGAACUCUGAAUCUGGGACCACACCUGUGGGUACCGGUGUUUCGUCACCAUCUGCUUCCACUCCUGCUACUCAAAGGCAUUCUACACGCUCCAGAUCUUCUGUUAAUAUUGGCGAUUCAAGCAAAAAAGAUUCAUCAGUUGAUAAAAGCUCUAGCUCGUCAAAAGCCAAGGGAAAAGCUGUAUUGAAGCCUAACCCAGAGGAGGGAAAGGGACCCCAAACCAGAAAUGCUUCCCGCAGAAGGGCAGCCUUGGAUAAAGAUAAUGAAAUGAAGCCAGUUGAAGGUGACACUAGCUCUGAGGAUGAUGAACUGGAUAUUUCACCUGUAGAAAUUGACGAGGGGCUGGUGAUUGAAGAUGAUGAAAUAUCAGACGAUGACGACGACGAUGAUGAUGAGAAUGAUGACGUACUGGGAGAUGAUACUCUUCCACUUUGUAUGGCAGAUGAAGUGCAUGAUGUUAAAUUGGGUGAGUCUGCAGAAAGUCCUGUGCCUGCCCCAAGUGAUGGGAAGAACAACCCAGCAUGUAGUUCUAGCAGCAGAGGCUCUGCUGAGUUUCGAACUGGUAGUUCAUAUGCUUCAAGAGGUGCAAUGUCGUUUGCAGCUGCUGCAAUGGCUGGACUUGCAUCCGGUAACAGUCGAGGCCUAAGGGGAGGCAGAGACAGGCGGGGACGUCCCUUGUCCGGCUCUAAAGAUUCCCAGAGACUAAUAUUUACUUCUGGUGGAAGGCAGUUGAAUAGACACCUGACUAUUUAUCAGGCAAUUCAACGGCAACUUGUUCUGGAUGAGGAAGAUGAUGACCGACUUGCUGGUAGUGAUCUUCUUUCUACUGAUGGAAGCAGGCUCUGGACUGAUAUCUACACUAUAACAUAUCAAAGAGCAGAUUGUCAAUCUGAGAGGGCUUCAGUUGGGGCUGUAGGCUCAGGUACUCCGUCUAAGUCUGCGAAGGCUAAUUCAAGUAUUUCUGGAUCUGAUGCAGCAGCUCAUCAUGUAUCCCUGCUGGAUAGCAUUUUGCAAGGGGAACUUCCAUGUGAUUUAGAACGAAGUAAUCCAACCUAUAACAUAUUGGCUCUUUUACGUGUGCUAGAGGGUUUGAAUCAGCUUGCACCUCGUCUGCGAGUCCAACAAGCGAUGGGUAAAUUCUCUGAGGGAAAAAUUCCAAGUCUAGAUGAACUUAAUGCUUCUGGAGCUAAAGUACCGCCUGAGGAAUUUGUCAAUAGCAAGCUUACUCCAAAACUGGCUCGACAAAUUCAAGAUGCUCUUGCACUUUGUAGUGGGUCUCUUCCAUCAUGGUGUUACCAGCUUACUAAAGCUUGCCCGUUCUUGUUUCCCUUUGAAACCCGGCGGCAGUAUUUCUAUUCAACUGCUUUUGGAUUGUCGCGUGCGCUAUAUCGGCUCCAGCAGCAGCAAGGUGCUGACGGUCAUGGAUCGACAGGUGAGAGGGAGGGCAGGCUUGGGAGAUUACAGCGCCAGAAAGUUCGUGUUUCUAGGAAUCGGAUAUUAGACUCUGCUACUAAAGUAAUGGAGAUGUAUUCCAGCCAAAAAGCAGUUCUUGAAGUUGAAUAUUUUGGUGAAGUUGGCACAGGGCUUGGGCCAACUCUUGAAUUCUAUACUCUUUUAAGUCAUGAGCUUCAGAAAUCUGGAUUACGAAUGUGGAGGUCAGGUUCUUCACCUGGUGGGCCUGCUAUGGAAACCGACGGAGAUAAAGAUGUUAUCAAUAUGCCCCUUGGGUUGUUUCCUCGUCCAUGGGCACCAAAUGCUGAUACUUCCGAUGGUAGCCAGUUUUCUAAAGCUAUUGAGUAUUAUCGAUUACUUGGCCGAGUUAUGGCUAAGGCUCUCCAAGAUGGGAGGCUUCUGGAUUUACCACUGUCAAUUGCUUUUUAUAAGCUAGUCCUUGGUCAUGAGCUGGAUUUGCAUGAUAUAAUAUCUUUCGAUAUGGAGCUUGGAAAUACGUUGCAAGAGUUACAAGGGCUUGUAUUCCGGAAACAAUAUUUGAAUUCCAUAGGGGGCUAUAACCCAGAAGAACUGCGUUUUCGUGGAGCUUUAAUUGAAGAUCUUUGUUUAGAUUUUUCACUACCAGGCUAUCCCGAUUAUGUUCUGAAACCAGGCAACGAUAUUGUGGAUGCAAGCAGUUUGGAGGAAUAUAUUUCACUUGUGAUUGAUGCUACUAUAGGGACUGGGAUAAUGCGGCAAAUGGAAGCAUUUAGAUCAGGGUUUAAUGAGGUGUUUGACGUCUCAACACUGCAAAUAUUCUCUCCAAAUGAGUUGGACUAUCUGCUCUGCGGUCGCAGAGAGCUGUGGAAGGCUGAGUCGCUGGCAGAUCAUAUUAAAUUCGAUCAUGGAUAUACCUCCAAAAGUCCUGCUAUUAUAUAUCUUCUUGAGAUUAUGGGUGAAUUCACCCCGGAGCAGCAACGGGCUUUUUGUCAGUUUGUCACUGGUGCUCCGCGGCUUCCACCAGGUGGUCUGGCUGUGUUGAAUCCCAAAUUGACAAUUGUGAGAAAGCAUUCUUCCAGCAUGAACACCACACAAAACAAUGGUUCCGGUGCAUCCGAGUCAGCUGAUGAAGAUUUACCUAGUGUGAUGACCUGCGCAAAUUAUUUGAAGCUUCCUCCAUACUCCUCCAAGGAUGUUAUGUACAAGAAACUACUUUACGCCAUCAGUGAAGGACAGGGAUCUUUCGAUUUGUCGUGAGUUGUGUGCUCUUUCUUAACCACUGACAUAGAUAAGACGACUGAGUCUUUUUCAGGUCGCCGGAAAAUUUGGAAGUGGAAGGAUCGGCAGUGAAGGGGAUACAUUGUUGAAUGUUUUGAGAGUUUGUAAAUAAGUACUAGGAUUUUAUUAUCUUGGAAAAAAUAUUUUAUCCUUUUUUAUGUUAUAAUUCAGUCACCUGAUUUUAUGGCUGGUAGACAAGUCACCUGGUUUAUUAUGGCUGUAAUGGCAAAUCCAUUGCUUGACAUAUCUCUUUUUGUUUCUGGUAGCUAUUUUUUGGUUAUUUUGUAAUAAUGAAGCAUUCAUUAAAAUAAAUUGCCUACUUGCCUUA